AUGAACGUUGGUGCAGAUUUCCCUUCCGCUGAGUCUGUGGAUUUCUCUUAUAUUGAAUACGAGAGUAAUUAUAUCAAUAAUUCAGACAAAUCACCAAUGAUACCUUUUAUGAAUUAUCAGCGUUUGUUUGUUGGUCUACUACCUUCGUCGUAUUUAAGAUCUAGCUAUCAUCGAAUGCUAAGAAGAGUUAUCUAUUUGUGCAUCGGUAUCACACUUCUAUUAUUUUUAUGGUUAGCAUUUUACAUAUCUGAUUCAACAUGGUUUAGUAGGCUACUUCAAUGUAAUUAUGACAAUAAAUUUACAGGUCGUGUAUCUAUAUCCCCGGACCCUUGGAGUAAAACACGUUUUACACAUAUAAGUGAUAACGGUAAUAUUAAUUAUCAUCAUAGUAAUAAUAAAAUUAAACAACAAAUAGCAGGAGUAGCAACGACAAAAACCAACUAUGUAUAUGGUGUUGUGUUCGACGCUGGAAGCACUGGAAGCCGUGUUCACAUAUUCAAACUAGUUCAUAAUCCCUUAGAUCCUUUCAAACCGUUUAAACUAUUGGAUGAUAAAUAUCAUCAUGUUCAACCUGGUUUAUCUUCAUAUGCGGAAAAACCAGAGGAGGCAGCAUUAAGUUUAACGAAAUUAAUUAAUAUUGCUGAAACUAGUCUUCCUGUUGAUGUGUGUCGUAAUACUCCAGUUAUUUUAAGAGCUACCGCUGGUCUUCGUCUAAUUUCUGCGCAUAAAGCAGAGAAUAUUUUAAAAGCUGUACGACAUAGAUUAUCUCAAACUUGUUUUAAACAAUUACCUAACGCUGUAACUAUUAUGGAUGGAUUUUAUGAAGGUCUAUAUUUAUGGUUGACAUUAAACUUUCUCAAUAAUCGUUUAUCAAAUGGAAAAGCACAAAAGAAUCAUGCAGUGAUUGAAAAUUCACUUACACAAACAAUUGGCACAUUAGAUCUAGGUGGAGGUUCUACACAAAUCACAUUUAUUCCCACUGAGUUAAAUACCCUCAACAAUGCACCUGAUAAUUUUAUUACAUAUUUUGACGUACAAAAUAGUAAUGAUAAACCGAAACAAAAGAUCUAUUCACAUAGUUACUUAGGCCUAGGACUAAUGUCUGCACGUUAUUCAAUGUUAUAUAAUGCAACUGAACAUUUUAAGUUAAUUACUGAAGGAAAGAAAGAGUUUUUUCAUCCUUGCUGGCCUAAUAAUGUAACUAUUAAAUGGAAUCAUGCCGGUAAAGAUUGGCAAAUCAGUCGUAUGAAUCAUUCAAUGUCUAAAUCUUUAUUAUCAUUUAUUAAAACAAAAUCAAUUUAUCAUCAUCAAGCAGCAAUUGAACCGGUCAAUGUUAAUGCUAAUAAUAUUGAUAAUGAUCAUCUAAUGUUGUGCUAUGCUUUAGCAGUGAAUGUAUUACAAAAUCCUGUUGAAGGUGAUAUAAAUGUUAUCAGAUAUCCGCCAAACAAUAAUAUUGUUCAUCAACCAGUGGAAGUGAAAACACGUGAAUUUUAUGCAUUUUCAUAUUAUUUCGAUUUAGCUGUUAGUGUUGGUUUAAUACAUGAAAAUACUGGUGGAUUUCUUACAGUGAAUGAUUUUCAAAAUGCUGCUGAACGAGUUUGUCGUAACCCAAAUCCUCAGAAACCAUUCGAUUGCAUGGAUCUUAGUUUUAUCACUGCAUUAUUGCAUAGUGGUUAUGGGUUCCCGUCAGAUAAAAAAAUUGGAUUUUUUAAAAAAGUCAAUUCUUUUGAAAUCAAUUGGAGUCUUGGUGCCUUAUUUUCAGAAAUCACCAGAUUCCGUAACAUUCUAUCUGAAAUGAAACUGGAUAUCAGAGAUAGUAAAUCUGAUGUUGGACGAAGUGCAUGUGAUAUAAUCAAGGCUAUCCUUUUAGACUCAACUAAGGAUAACCGUAUUGUUACAAUCGGUUUAUCUGGUGGGAGUAUGCCUCAUCUUCUUGCACCACACCUUUGCUCUUUCUCGGAAAUCAAUUGGGAACUAGUUCAUUUCUUUUAUUGCGAUGAAAGACUAGUUCCAUUAGAUAGUGAAGAUUCAAAUCAUCAUUGCUACCAAGAACUACUCUACUCUAAAAUUAACAUUCCAUCCUCAAAUAUUCAUACUGUUAAUACAACAUUAUCAUUAGAAGAUUCAGCUGCUGAUUAUCAGAAACAGCUCUUAUCAUUCUUUGGAACAGCUAACGGUUAUCCACGUUUCGACCUACUGCUUCUUGGUAUGGGUCCAGAUGGUCAUACAUGCUCCUUAUUCCCUGAUCACAAAUUGCUCUAUUCUGUUCACCAAUCACCUAAUCCAGGUCCUUCUAUGCCAUGUUCAUUAAUUCAUCCAGUCUAUGGAGAAUUAAUAUGGAUUGUAGAUAAAGCUGCUGCCAGUUUAUUGAAUACAUAA